UGAUAUCCCAGAGGGUUCCCCUCCACCGCUAUCCAAUGCAUUCGCUCCGUAUUUUAACAACCCUCUACCCUUCUACAGAAGACGACGAUCUGCGAGCAAAACUCGUGGCUCUCUGCCAAGCCCAUUCUCGUUUCGUCCUCCUCCUGCAAUCCCUGGUACACAGCUCUUCCGCACCUAUGCCAGUAGAACCAGAAGAAAUAAAAUGGAAAUCCCGCUUCUCCCCUGUCGAUAACCUCCGCGAGUUGACCUUUCCAGCACCACUAUCGUUCGCCAUACCCCCUUCGGCUCCACCCCUGACGGAAGCAGGACCCUCGAGGUUAACCAAGCAUGCUCGGCAUCGGUCAGUUCCGAACCAGCACGAGUUGACCAUGAAUUCCACCGCGCUCCACCCUCUUAGGGCGACGUCAUCUUCGCGUCCAUCCGCAGAUACCGUCUCCUCCAUGAUCUCGCGUAAUAACAGCGUGAUCAACAAAAAGGCACGGCGACUAUCCAUUUUCCGGAACAGGGACACACCCCUGCUGUCGCCCCCACCGCCGGAAGAGCCUCGUGCAUUGAAGAUCUAUUCCAGUACCUGGCGUCGAGGCACCUCUCAGGGUGAACCAGCGGAGAGUGCGUUUCCGUCGUCUUCACGGUCACUCAAGCAGCCUCGUCGAUUUGCUGCGACGAACGGCUCGAGCGACUCGUCCGUCUCGGGAAGCCCGUCCCCGCCUCAUUUUUCUAGGUCGACGAAUUCCUUUGUUGGGAGAGAGUACCCUGCCCCAAUCCGUAUGGCGUCUCCUCAUGAUCUGAACAUGGCUACAUCGCGGAUACGGGCGCCUAUACUCCGCGUGUUCGUGCCGUGCUCAAAGCUGGAACACGAAUCGGAGAGUGUACCCCUUUGUGAACGGCAGCUCGUCGAGUCAGGACUAUGGGACCAUCUCUCCACGGGAGAUAUCAUCUGUAACCUGGGCUACGUCCCCCCAACGGACGAUUCCUCUUCAGACGACAACUACAUCCUUCAAGAUCCAUCAUUCCACCGGAGAGGGUCGUACCUCCCCAACAGCAACCACGCACCCAGCAACUCCAACGCACAGCGGAAAUGGCUCAUAUUCAACGGCCAUUUCCUUAUACCCUAUACCCCACCAGACGUGCUGCCGCUAUACGAACCCCUCAACCUCCCCACUCCAUUCUACUACGCACACAUCAUGCCACCGCUGACCAACAUGACCUUCACCAUCACCCGGCUGCCCGUAUGCGAUGACGUCCCGCAGUUGACGCUCAUCCACUCAUCGACCAAGGUGCGCAGUCCCCAUUCGCCCCGUGGAUACGCGAUUGUGAAGAAACAUGCGUGGACGGCGAGGGUGGUGAGGAUGCGGACGGGGGGCGAGGGGGAGAUGGGGGAUGGGUGGUUUGGGGAGUGGGUUUUGGAGGGGGAGGGGACGAGGGAGGGGAAGCAGGUGUUAUUGGAUGCGUUGAGUGGGUGUGAGAUGGGUGUGAGGGAGUGGGAGCUUGUUAGGGAGAAGAGCGGUGGGGGGAAGCUGUGGUUAAAGCUGCUGAAUACAUAAUAGUACGAUCUUUUAUUAGCAUGCACGAUUUUUUAGGUAUGCCUACUCACGAAAGACAAUCGGACGGAUGGAAUUAUCUUACGGGACACUGUUUUACCAUCUUAACUCGUAGUUACACACAUUUUAUUCAAGCAUACUUACAUACUGAUUUAGUUACCCCACAUUGCUUUUUUAUAAAGCCACACGGACCACAUAGUUACUUACAUCUUGGAAGAAAAACUUAUGCGCAGGGCAG